AUGUCUGGCUUAAGGAAGGCGAAAAAGUAUGACUGGAAAGACAGCAAUUUGGCUUUGUUUGGCUCGGAUGUAGAGAAAAAUGUGAGAACUUCAGAUCUGUUAAAGCCCGCGUUGUUUUGUCACAGAGCGAUACAUGUUUGGGCUUUAAACUAAAUUAUUUUAGCGACGCACAGAGAUCCGAGGCAACUCGAACGGUAGCUAAGCAUAUCGUACAUGUACAUUUGAUGUUAUGUUAAUAGAAACGAAUUAACUGUUUGCUGUUUUCGUAACAGGUGAAAAGAGAAGCUGCUGGAAAAGAAAAAGCUUGGGAAGGAGCUGGUGAAAGUCCUGGUUUGAAAAUUUGGCGGAUCGUUAAAUUCAAGGUAGAGCAACCUCAAAAGCCAAAUCUGUUUGUUAUUUAUGGACUUAAAUAGACUUUUGAUACUAGCACUGAUUGGUUUCUUGCUUUUCAUCUUUCAAGUAAGAUUUUCAAAACCUAACUUAGCUCACAAAGUCUUUUUCCUUAAAAAAAUGCAAACUUUAUGAUGCAUGCAAUAUAGGAAAAUGUUCUGCUGGAACUUUCCAUUGGACGGGUGUGAUAUGGGUGUGUUCCAUUAAGUUGCAGCAAUGCAGAUGAGUGCAGUGGUGAAAGACAAUGGUCAUUUCUAGAAUCAUGAGUUUCGUUUUCGGUAUACUAUUCUCUCUUCUGGACAAUUCGGUGCAUCAGCUGGUCACAAUACAGAUUAAAUUGUGGUCCCAGCAGUCGACGACCAAGACAUCAAUAAUAUGCAUUUUCUUCGUUUCAUUAAAAUAUUAUGUGCAGUAGUAAACUCUAUUAAAAUACCCGGAAACUGGCAAUAAAUAUACAAAUAUUGGAUGCAUUUUUUUAUAUAAAUAUAUUUAGAGUUGUGUGGAGGUGUCAAAAGAAACUUCGACUGGCCAGAUAAGACCAACUUAUGUCAUAAUUUAAAUUUUUGCUAAACAGCAUAACAGUGUCAUUGUGCUUAUUUAAUAAGUAAAUAAGUGAUUAGAGGCAUGGUUCUGUUUCUAGAACUUUAAGGGUGCAAUAUCUGCUUUAUUGCUAUCAAUGCAAAUAAUAUUAAUUUAUUGUCUGAAUGACUUGGAGCUAGUCUAGGUUUUCAAAUCACUAAAAUAUGACUGACAGUCCUAUCUAUCAAGAUUUGCAUCCAUGGGUUGAUAAUGCGAACUACUGGUUAAGAAAUUUAGGGCAAGGAGAAAAGGAAUGCAUGGUUGCACAAAAUACUCGGCAAAUACAAAAUAUGAUCUACCUAAGGGAGGUUUUAUGUGCCCGUGAGACUGAACAACUCCCCACAAACCCUUGUUUUCACGAAAACCGCUGGACACAAAACCUCCCCUGGGUUGUUGUCACAACCAAAAUACUCAACCCCCCACCACCACCACCACUUCCUGGGAUUUUAAAUUUUCAUAUGGAACUGGAGAUUCCCCUCCCCCCCACCUCUCUGGACAAAAGCCUCCUAACCCCCUCAUUACACAGAGAAGGAUUAUCAAAGAAAAGAAUGAGGCUAUUUGCAGUUGCACUGGUCCCCAUUUAUUAAGUGAUCUCGUAACAUAUUAGAACAUAAUUAACUACCUACAAGGUAAACUUGUGGCUAAAAAAUAUUGCUUAUCUUUUUUAAACGGAAAAGAGAAAGUUGUAUCUGUUAAUUUACCUCGUUCAGGCAGGCUUAAAACUAAAUUGGAUUUAAUUCUUUGUUUAAAUCCUAACAACGGGUAGCCACCUUGAAGUUUGUGUCAAGAGAUUUUCUUUUUAGACAAGCUAGCACUUUUUUUAGCUCCGUAAUCUCCAAUAAAUUAUUUUUAUUAUUUUAUUACUUUUUAAGGUGACAGAUUGGCCCAAAGAAGAUUAUGGCAAAUUCUACAGUGGUGAUUCAUACAUCAUCCUCAACACCUACAAGGACAAGGAAAGUGAUGAGGUAGAGAAAUGUUACAAUUUUAAAUUAGUUAUAAUUAAAGUUCUUAAAAACGCUUUCUACAUAUAAAUGUCUUGAUGCUUUUUACAACUAAAAGAAAGAGCUCUCAUGAAACAGAUAGGUUUUCAAAGCCCUUUUAAAACUAACAGCAAAGUUACUUUGUCUAAUGGAAAGCGCUAGCUGAUUUCAUAACUUCGGAGCAGUUUCUGCAAAAGAUCUAUCACCAUAAGUAACUGUAGUAGUCCAGGUUCCAGCUUCUAGACCCCUGAAUAUGCAAGGUUCUUAAUAUAUGUACAAUAAUAAUUAUUUGAUAAACUUGGAAAAUAGCUCAAAACUAAAAGACGCUAUAGUUCCAUUUGUACUACUUCAAAAAACAGAAAGCACAAUCAAAGUAAGAUGAAAAUAAGAAAAUCAGCUUGCCCAAAAUUAAAGGCAAGUUCUUGAUUCAGUUUUGUGGCCAACUCUGAGCCUGCCCUUACAUGUGCCUUUUUUCUUCUCUAUAAAUGAUAUUUUGCAGCUUUUGUAUGAUGUCCAUUUUUGGAUUGGAAAAGAGUCAACACAAGACGAGUACGGAACAGCAGCAUACAAAACUGUUGAACUGGACACUUUUGUGAGUUUUGUCAAUUAUUUAUUGUUUUGUUCAUCCCUUGAAAAGGAUCUGUACUAUCCCGAUUUUUUAAACUUUGCACAAUAAUUGACAGCCAUAUAUAGCAAACUGAAAAACUGCAAUAAAAAGAUGGGGUCAUCGUGCUUGUUUUUACCCUGUGUGCCUGUGAUUCUUAGUGUUUUUUCCUAGUUUAUUCAAAAGGCUAGAGGUGCUCUCCGCUGUGCCUCGAGAAACUCUUAUGCCUUUUUUGUGCUCUCCAAAAAUCCCUAGGGUUUCCAACUAAAUUAAAAAAUCCUGGACCAAACAAUAAUCCCAUUCCCAUACUCUAUCAAUAGAAAGCAUUAUAAAUACUUAAUUAUUAACCACAAAACAGGUCUGGUUGUACUUUAUCUGGCAGGAAAUAUGGAGCUAACAUACUCGCACAGUACUACACCAAUUAUCAGAUUGUGUUGAAUACCCCCCUUAAAAUCCCUGCUUAAAUCAAUGCACCCAUAAAAAUACUUGGUAAAUUUUUUUUGCCCCAAAAAAUCCCAGAAGUAGAACGAAAAAUUUAAAACUCCUCUGGCACAUAUGUUUGCCUCACCAGUAGGGAAUGGUCCCUUACCUGCUGAGCUAAGAGCUAGUUUAAGGAGAGUACUGUAAACUCUAGAGUACCCCGCCCUUCCCAAGGCUAAAGGCUAGGCAAGGUUGCUGUUCAGUUCCUCACCUACUAAUUGCAUGUACACAGCAACUUGAAAUGUUAGUGACAGUCCUGAUUUUGAUUUCAGGUUUAAAAUAAAAUAAUAACUCAGUCAUGCAUGUCUCUUUCCUGUGUAGUUGAAUGAUAAGCCUAUUCAGCACCGUGAGGUCAUGAAAUUUGAAAGUGACCUGUUUAAAUCUUACUUCAAAGUUUUGGAAACUAUGGAUGGAGGGUACGUUAAUAAUUUCUAGUGAUUUUUUCCUGCGCUUCAUUACCUUGGUACUUUCUUAUAAGUGACCAUAUAACCCUGUAUUGUUGAUGAAUUGCAGGUGAUGGUAUUACAAACAAGAUAUAUUUUGACAACAGCUUUUUUCUUUCUUGUGUUAAUCAAAGCAUGUGUGAAUUUGACUCAUCAUCAAAAAAGCCAUAAAGAUUAAGGUCAAAAAAGAGAAGAACAUUUUUUAGCUCAAAACUCAGAAACUAUAAUUCAGCACCCACAUGUACAGUAGUAGCUUCUUCAUGCCAUCAACUUGAAGAACCCUAGACACCAUCUUGACAGAUAGGCAAGGUAAAGCUGACCGGUCAGAAAAUUCCAAUGAAAAUCUUGUUCAACUUCCCACCUGUGCUUCCUUCAAGAUACCUUUACAAUCCCCUGGAACUUCAGGGAAACAUCUCAUGCUGAAAUGCAGAUGAGUAAAUGUCCUCAAAUAUAUUAAAAGGAAAAAAAUGGAGAAGAAAGGCAAAAGAAGAGGGGAAGAGAGAAAGCAAAUCGUUUUGGGAUUUUUUUGGGGCCAGAUGUACUGACAAGAAAAAGCUAGUACAUGUAGUCAGACCAGCUUCAAAUGGCGUUCCUUUUGCCUUUUUUUUUUAGGGCUGACACUGGCUUUAGAAGAGUUGGGCCGAAAGAGUACAAGCCACGUUUAUUGCAGUUUAAUGAUGAGGUACAUGUAAAUGUCUUGAAUUUUUGUGUUUGAUGAAUUCUGAUCAACAUUCAACAGUUUCAUUAUUACAAUAAGAACUAAUUUUUUGGAACAAGGUCAGUUGCAUUUUUAUUAUCUAAGCCUUUUACAUUACCUUAGUGCUGUACAUCAAUUUUGGCUUACAUAGUCAUAGCAGGGCUCGACGUUGCGACUCGUGGGGUCGCCAAUGCGACCAGCUUUUACUCAGUGGCGACUAAAUUUUCACGCCUGGUCGCCAACCUGGCCCCCAAAAUAGGUGACUUUCUUCUUUGGAUAAACGUACACUAAUGAUAAUUUGUUAUCCUUUACACAACCAACGGAUAGCUAACGGUUUUUCUAACGCUCUAACGUUUUGCCCAAACGCUCUAACGGUUGGUCUAAACGUUUUAACGAUUUGUCUAAAGGCUUUAACGACUUCUUCCAACACUCUAAUCUACGUUUACUUGAACGAGGAUUGUGAAAUGAAUGAAUUCGACGGAAGACUUAUAUGGUAACAGGACUGAGUGGAGUCCAAUUCGGUCUGUAAUCAUACGAGUGAUUAACAAAAUCGGACGACCGCGUAGCGGGAGUCCGAUUUGUUUAAUCACGUGUAUGAUUACAGACCGAAUUGGACGACACGAAGUUCUGUUACCAAUUAAUCAUAACUUUAACAAAAUUUGUAACAUAAGAGGCUAUUUUUAAAAUCAAAACACAAGAAAUUCGAAAUUUUGUUUUGCUAGAAGUGAAAAAAAAAACCAUUUAAGGGCGCGCGUGAUGGCGCGUACUGUCCAAUUACUUAGGCAUGACGCGUACUGUCCUAUUAAACUAUCCAAUUAAGGCUGAAAUCAGGGCAGUUGAUAGCCAAUCAGAUUUGACAAUUUCAUCUCUCCACCAAUUUGCACAAACAGACUCAUUUUUAGCAAGUGGACAUUUUUCAUAUUGUUUUCUUUUUUUUUUUACCUGGCAACCUAUGCCAUAAUUUUACAAAUUUAGUUCUUGUGACGUCAUCAGUUCUCUUCUCUACUGUCGCGUUCUGUUUGAACUCAUUUGACUCUGGCAGUUAUUUAGGCUCAUACUUGGUGUAAAAACCUGUGAAACUCGCGAGUGAUGUAAAACAAUUAAUACAAAGAAGCCACUGAGAGAGCCAAGGGAAAUAAUAGCUAGAAAACAAAGAAAAACUUCACAGGUUUUUACACCGAGGAUGACCCGUUAUUUGUGUGUUUUCAGCUUACGACACGGUAGAUAAUGGUACCCCUGUGUGCAGUUUGUUUGACACUGAUCCAGACAUCAUUGGAGAGAUAGCCUUCUUAAUGGACAUGCAGAAGAUCGGUCUAAAAAAAUGGUCACAUCUGGCUUCAUCACUGAAAAUACCACGGGCAGACUUUAAAACCUUUGAGACUUGCAAUACUGAGUAUCCCGCAGCAGAAACGCUGUUUAAACUUGUAAAAAUCCACUUUCCUCGAACAACUGUUGGGACAUUGAUAACUCAUUUAAAGACAAUAAAAAGACGAGAUGUGAUAACUGCCAUCAGGGAAUGUACUGAAGGUAAUAAUAACAUUUGAAUUUAACCCAACAGGGAUGUAUUCCGUGUUCUGAUUGGCUACGCUGUCUGAGGGAAUCCUGUAUAGUGUUUGACUACUCAAGUGUGCCCGCUCGUGCUGUACCGUGUCGUCCCAAAGGAAAAGAUUUUGUCUUUUUGACAUGUAAUAAAUCCUUUAUGGACCAAGCUUGUUUGGUCAAGAUGGAGCUUGUCCAAAUAAGUUUUGAAUGAUGGAAAACUUAGCCAAUACCCAGCUAUCUUGACCUUACGCUCGGUCAGAAUUGCAUAUUUAAUGCAGGUCACUGAUGAUGCUGAUACCCGAUCAAGCACAGCUGUACAAAAACUUCAACAACAGAGUGAAAACUUUACGAAUUAAUAUGUAAAUUUAUGAAUUAAUUUUAAUAUUGCUGCUAGGAGAACACAAUAUAAAGUGUUUCUGUUAUAGUUACAGAAGAUUACUUGCUGAAAAACUUGAUGGAAGAAUUGGACGUGAUGGAGAACGUUUGUGAACUCUUGAACCAGAAGCAACGUACAAACAGAGUGAAGAACUGGAGGCACCUUGGAGGACUAUUUAACUUUGAACAGGAGACUCUGGAUGACCUUUCACCGUCACAAGAAGAAAACGUCUCCCCUACAGAAGCCCUAAUUCAGCAUCUUGGCGGAUUAUAUCCUGACUCGACAUUAGAGGAACUAAUUUUUGCCAUACAUUUGAUUGACAGGGAUGAUGCCCUUGAUGUGCUUGACGUCUAUCUUGAAGGUGAUUGAAAGCAACUACUGAAAAAUAAUAGUGUUUUGAAUGUACAAAAGUCGUGCCAUUAGUAAUGAUUUACAUGAAUGGUAUGUGUUACGGUGAAACCAAUGAGUCCUUUCAGGGCUCCUGGUCCUUUAAUUCUUGCAAAAAAUGCCAUUUGAUCUAGCUUCUUAAGCCGUUUUGUUAACUAGAGACCACCUCGACAAAAGGAUGCAAAGCUAUUCAAGGUUUUAAAUUAAAAAGAAGAACUAUUCCUGGUUUCCUCUCCAGUGCAUGGCACAGCUUGUAUUUUUGCGCAUAUGUGCACAAAGUAAACGUUUUCUUCUAUUUUCCUUUCUUUUCACUCUCUUCGGGUUCUCUGUGCAAUUCUCGAUAUGCCCAGGAUCGAUCUUGCUAGCAAAUUGUUUGGCAAUUUAAGCAAUUCACAAGAAGAUUUUGUGAGAAACUCACUUGCAAAUAUCGCAAGAAUAACAAGAAUAACAAAUUUGACAAAAUUCUAGACUUUGAAAGAGAAAAAGCGAGAAAGGGCCCCGAGAAGUCCGCAUAUUUCGCAAAGAUCGCAGAAGUAACAAGAAUUUUUCAAAAAAAUGAUUCACAAGAAAACUUUGGGAGACAAUCACUUCAGGUUCUUUGUGCCAUUCUCGAUAUGUCCAGGAUCGAUCUUGCUAGCAAAUUGUUUUCGCAAUUUUGGCGAAAAAAAUGAUUCACAAGAAAAUUUUGUGAGACACUCACUUGCAAAUAUCGCAAAAGUAGUAAGAAUAACAAAUUUAACAAAAUUCUAGACUAAGAAAGAGAAAAGGCCAAGAAGAGCCCCGAGAAGUCCGCAAAUUUCUCAAAGAUCGCAAAUGGAACAAUAAUUUUUCUUGCUAUGUAAAAAGACCGAGUAACAAAUAUCGAAAGAAUAGCAAGAAUAACAAAUUAAAAAAAUUCUAGACUUAGAAAAAGAAAAGGCCAAGAAGGGCUUCGAGAAGUCAGCAAAUUUCGCAAAAACGCAAGAGUAACAAGAAUUUUUAUUGCAACCACAACAACAACCUAAAUUCAGGGCUCGACGUUGCGACCCGUGGGGUCGCCAAUGCGACCAGCUUUUACUCAGUGGCGACUAAAUUUUCACGCCUGGUCGCCAACCUGGCCCCCAAGAUAGGUGAUUUUCUUCUUUGGAUAAACGUACACUAAUCAUAAUUUGUUAUCCUUUACACAACCAACGGAUAGCUAACGGUUUUUCUAACGCUCUAACGUUUUGCCCAAACGCUUUAACGGUUGGUCUAAACGUUUUAACGAUUUGUCUAAAGGCUUUAACGAUUUCUUCCAACACUCUAAUCUACGUUUACUUGAACGAGGAUUGUGAAAUGAAUGAAUUCGACGGAAGACUUAUCGACUUUCGGACAAAUCGAUUGCAAUUCUCAAAAGAUCGUCCCGUGUUUCUCCGGGAAUGACUUUUAGCGCAUCGAUAUUUAAAACAAUUUCUUUAUGUCGAACAUGUAUCUCGAUUGCGGACUCGAUAGCAGAUUAGUCUGAUAAAAGCUCAAGCUGAUCGAAGCUAAUCGAGAGCGAACGGCGCUUACUUCUCGAGCUUCGCAAUUCUUGUAAACAACUUUACGCAAAUUUCUGUUGAGCUUGACGACGCAAAUAAAAGCUCUGCCGUAUUUUAUUGACUUCUAAUGAAGUAAAGUUGAAGUCAUGCUGUUUGUCUAAUAGACUUCUCGCGAAAUCAACUUCUUUGCCCGAAAACAUUAGCAACGUUUCCUCUUUCUGGUCUUUCUGGAGACUUUUGAUCACGUGUUUGGCAACCGCGCAAUAGAUGAAGUUUCACCGAUGUUGAGUUCUGAACAUGCAAAUACAUAGGACGCAAAACAAAUUUUGCAGAUUUUGUUCUUUCUUAACCCAAAUAAGUUUUUUUGUGAUCCCUAAAUUUUGUUUUUUUAAUUUGUAUUCCAUUUCCUGAACCUUAAGCUUGAAUACCUGUUUGAGGAGAUUUACGCUUGAGUGCGGAUUCAUUUUACAGAACACCGACUGGUAAUCGAGCGUCAGCGAAAACCAUUCGAAAGAAAGUUCAAAGGAAGUCUAAACCAUUCAUUUUCUGUUAAGGCUACGUUAAAGAUGUUAAGUCUAUUUUAUCCCAUUAGUUCUUAAAUAUAAUUUUUGGCGACCAGAAUACUUGUUCUGGCGACCAGAAAUGAAAACUUGGGGGCCAGUUGGCCCCAAGAUUUUUUUCUGAAAGUCGAGCACUGCAUAGUCUUAAAAACCUGUUAAAUUUCAGCCACCAAUGUUGUUGUUGGAUAAAUGCAUAGCUCUGAGAAUUAUGCAGUGAGAUGAAGUAGUGCUUUAAAAUUACUCUAGGGACCUGUAAAAGUCCUUGGAAAGUAUUUUGAGUAUUGCAAUGUUUAUGGUUAUCUGCACACACCGUGUGAUGUCUAUGCUAGGAGAUUAGGGCAGUUGGAGUAUUAGCAUUCAGAGCUGUCAUUAAGAGGCGGGGCUAGGGAUUUCCCCCACCUACUAUGAGCGUGGUCCCCGGCUUCUUUCAUAGGUAAAUGGAAGAAAUGUAGAACCAAAAGAAAUCCCUAGCUGUUUUAUUCCCCACCUACUUGUUGUAUUUACCUGGCAACUUGAAAUCUUAAUGAUCAUGACAUCCCUGAGCAUUGAGGGUACAGAAACAUAACACAAACUGCAUCACGGUUGCUAAGUUAUUAAAGAAGAAGGAAAAUUCAAACACCAGAAAGCUCAGAAAAAUGUUACGAGCUCCAGGUGAGAAUCAAACUCAUGGUCGACCCUCCAAGUUUUGGUUCGGACACUCCAGCCACUGAGCUACUGGAACUCUUAUGGUGGGUAGGGUGAGUCAAGUUUGAGGCCACUUUUCCUUGUAUAGACCCUUAAGACCCUAAAUGGAAACUGAUGCACUCUUGCAGUUAACCCUUAACCCAAAUCACUAAACUUCAGUGGUAUAGUCCAUUUCAGAGUAGUCCAUUUGGGUAGUCCAUGGGGGUAGUCAAUGAUCUGGAGGCCAGUGUUUUGUCCACUACCCAGUGGAGUGACCUGGAAAUUCAAAUAUUUGGACUUUUUGUGGUCCAUAAAAUGCUGGUAAAACACCUACAUCAGUCUGUAACCCUUGUUAAUGGUUUCUUGCAGGGAGGCCGGAGGAGCAAUGUGGUGAUCACACAGGUACCUUACUGCAAAGAAAGCAUCACCCCUGAUAAUGUCUAUGUCCUUGAUACUGGAUUAAAAGUUUGGCAGGUAAGCCCCAAUUCUACCUGGUUCAGUCAUUAUUAAUUUGUUACCUCUCUCACACAUACACUCAGACACAAACAUGCAUUGACAUACAUUUGAAUGGGUGGAUACAGGACUACUGAAAAGGUUACAAAAUAUAAGGUACUAUCACCCAUUUAAAAUGGGUGCUAUCAAGGAGGGUCCCGGGUAGGGUUCUUCAAUCCAUUAAUAAUAAUCAUCAUCAUCACCAUGUCUCAUGGCACGAGAAGGCACAUCCGUGCAGUCAAACCAACACUUUCUGUCUUGUGCAACCACUUUGGCUACUUCCCAGCUCUUCCACCCUGCUUGGUUUCAGUCUUUCUCAACUGUCCUUCUCUAAGUAGUUGUUGGUCUUCUGGUUGUCCUCUCGUUAAUUUUGAUUUAACCUGGGUUGAUUCUCAAUUUCCAAUGUCUCCUAGCCCUAGAAAACAAAAGAAAAUAGGAAUCAGUCUAGGUUAAAAAUUGUUAACCUGAAAUCAAAUUUGACCUGUAACAUAUAUAUGUUGUAGUUAAUUUUUUAUCUCAGGUAAUUUUUGUUUUUCCUUUGUUUCCUGGUAUGGUAAUGUUGCUAACGAAGUUGAAAGAAAGGAAAAAUAAAAAUUACCUGAGAUAAAAAAUUAACUACAACAGACAGAUUAAUCUUCCCAAAAAAGACCAUGAUUAUUAUUAUAUGCUUGGAAGAUGUUCACUGUUCUUCCAUUUUAUUGUAAAAUGACAGCAACACAGUUUAUUGAUCCAGUUUUUCUAAAAAUAGAUAUUCAUAAUUAAUAAUAGCAAUUUAGGCAACAAAUGUUGCAUUCAAAACAUGCAGUUAAUGGAUUUGGUCUCCACAAAAAUUAAUAUAUUUACUACAAAGGUAACCUUAAUGUACAAGUUUCUUUAUAGUCUACUACAUUUUUUCAAAGUCAUUUAUUGAUCAACAAAAAAGGUUUAAGACAUAGUGAUCCUUAAGAAAGAAUUGCUUGGACACCAAAACCAAACUUGGGAUUUUGAUUUUUCUGAGUCAUCAAUUCCCUUCAUUGCAAGUAUAGAUUUUUCUGGAAAUUAUAACCCAAUGUUGCAUGUUUGCAUUGAGAUGAUAAUAAUUAUAGAUAAAUAUAUUCUGUAUUUUUAAGAUCAAUGGCAGUCAGUCUGAUAAGGAUGAGCGUAUCAAAGCUGCACAGUAUUUGCAACAGUUGGAGGUCAGUGCCAAUAAGUCAUUAAGAGGGUUUAUUAACAAUGAGGUCACCUACAUAGGUGGUCCAUUCAUGGUUUGGGCAAAUCUUAAGCAAUAUUUUGGACUGCUAAAUUUCAUCCUGGAAUCAUGCAUACCAUUCGCACAAAUCAGUUUCAUGUACCAAAAAGCAGCUGCAGUUAAGCCUGAAUAUGGUUUGAAGAUAUGGAACACAAAUUUGUCUUUGAAACUUUCUGGCUGGGAAUACAGGACCACCUUUUCAGGAAUUCUGUUUCUCUUGGAAGUUUUUCACUGCAAUGACCCAAGAGCUGGAUGUGAUCUUGUUCCAUUUACUCUCCAACUGAAUUCUCCGCAACAGUUUUGUAAAUAGUAAACUAUCAUUGACUCUGUUUUUUUUUUUAUUCUAUAGACCCUCGCCCGUUUUCCUUUAUUUUUACUUUUAGUUUUUAUUAUUUUUCUUGUAAUUAUGUUUUAGUCUGAAAGAGGAGGUGUAAAAACAGAGGUUAUUGGUAAGUUCAAAUUUCAGUUCCCACUAACUGAGUGAAAUUCACUCCCUUUCCCUAUAAAUUUAUCAGUGUGAUUCCCACAAGUUUGUUGGUUGCUGAAAAGUUGCUUUUGCCCAAAUUUUUGAAUUAGAAAAUCAAUAAUAGAUACCGUCAAACCAUAUUUAUUAGCUGUCACCCCGCAUUUAUGCAGUUCCAGAAAAUAUCCAUACCUCCACCAUGGAGGCAAUUGGAAAUUCCAUGGUUGGGAUGUGGUUUUCUAAGAGGCCCAUGAUAUUCCACAGGGGGAGCAGUUGGGUGAUUAAAUGAUUUUCCAAGUGAUCUUUUCCAAAUUCAUUUUUGAAUUUAGUUCCAAAUUAAAUUUUGAUACUUACCGACCUGGUAGAUCAUAAUCUUGAAGACAUAAAUAAGUUCAACUUCACCAUUUUUUUUAAUGAAAUUAUGAAUAAAUGAAAAAUAUAUAAUUAUGUGAACUGCGGAUUGAAGAAUUAUUUGAAGGAAGAUCAUCGCAGUUAUAUACACAACUUAUGCAGUUGCGAAAAGAAAGCCUGAAAAAAAUUCAGGCUUGUACGGGAUUCGAACCCUUGACCUCUGCGAUACCGGUGUAGCUCUCUACCAAUAUUAAGCUCACAAGCCAAGUGGGAGCAGGUUGCUGAAUUGGUUCGUUAUAAACCUGUGAAAGGAUGAUGAUGAAAUUAUGAAUAUAUGAAAAACAUAUAUGUGAACUGCGAAGUGAAUAAUUAUUUGAAGGAUGAUCAUCACAGUUUCAGGCUUUCUUUUCGCAACUGCAUAAGUUGUGUAUAUAACUGCAAUGAUCUUCCUUCAAAUAAUUUAUCAUUUAUAAUAGAAAUGGAAAAUCCAGGCAAAUGAAAUUCACUUCUUAUUGGAGUAUAGAUAUUUUCUGGAACCACAGAAUUAAGGGAAAGUAUUUCCAGAGGUUUUGCAAGUGACUGCAUAAUAGAGGGUGACCACUAAAGUUUAAUAUAUAAGUUUGACUGUAAAUAAAGUUAAAAAACAAAAAUGAUACUUUGAUGAUUCUGUAAUGAUGUCUUUAACAUUGACUUGUACUAUGACUUGCAUUAGAUGAUGAUCGUUUAGGGUUCCAUCUUGACAAGGUACUUCCUUCUGGAGACCCAUCAGGUGACAUGGAGGUAAAGAAAAAAUACUUGACAGUUCACAUAUUUAAGGUUAUAUUAUAACAGCGAUAGACUGAAUCUUCUCAUGGCUAACUGCCGUAGUUUGGAAUGUUUGAGUGGGGCAAGAGAGAGAUAUGCCUGACACAGAACCAUUCACUGAGGUGUGUCAUGACAGUCAUCCAAAUUAUAGAGGUAGAAGUGAUUGGAUUACACCAAUACCUUCUGACCUCUGACACUGUGCUACGGGAAAUUAAAAGCAGAUCAGAUGAUGUGGGAAGGCGAUAGGUCCUGGAGGCCCUACCACAAGAAUGAAGAAGCUCUUUUAAAAAACUAACUUUGAGAAAAUGGCCAGUUAUGCUAAGGCAGAUAUUCAUGGCUUACCAAAGGACCACACACAACAUGAAGCAAAAAAGAUGUGCGAUAAGAGGUCAAGAAGUUUUCAACUAAGUUGGAAAGAAAACAUAUCCUUGGUUGCAAUUCAUACUGUGGAACUUGUGUUGACUCCAACAGUAGUGCUGAGAGAUUAGCAAAUCUGAACUCUUCUUUUGUCUCAAGAACAGAAAAUUUCUGUCUGGACUCGAUAAAGAGUCAUGAAAGUUCUAAAAUUCUAGGAUGGGCUGCAAACACUUGUCAUGUUUUGAAACACUUCAGUUUUUUCUUCGAUCAGUGGCUUGUCCUCAUGGGCAAGUGAUAUAUUAAACUUGCUAGCCCAAUGCCUAGUGUCCAAAAAAAAUUAUUGUUGUGACUGCUAGAAAUUCUUUUGUUUCUAUUAUUAUUCAUAUUUAUGAUCAAACUAGCCAAAGGUUAUCUUCAUAGUAAUAAUAAUGACAAUGUUUAAUGAGGACGCCUACUUCACCCUAAAGGCUUUACAGAAGGGUCCUCCUACCAAAAAAGAGAAAUCUAUAACUAAAUUAGAACUUACUAAGAACUAACUAUCAAUAAUUUUAUUCAUUAAAUAAGCCUAAAGUGCUUUAGAGAGGGGUCCUCCUACUAUAAAACAUUAAGUGAAAAAGACAAAUCUAUAACUAAAUUAGAACUUACUAAGAACUAACUAUCAAUUAAUCAAAUUGUUACAUUGCAGGUGGCCUUUUUAAAUUUGUCAAGUGACUUGGGCUCCCUCAAUGACUUAGUAGAUGGGGAAAGGUUCCCACCCCCACCCCAGCCCUGGUAGAUUAUUUUCACUUUGAUUUACUAUUUUCUUUACAGCCUGGAGAUGAUGACUUCAAGAAAACUAUCUUUAAACUAAGUGAUGCAAGUGGGCAUUUGGAAUUGGAAGACCAAGGCAUUUUUUCAAAAGGAAAACUGGAUAGUAACGAUGGUAAGGAAAUGCUUUUGUUCAAAUUGGUAUAAUAACACUGAAUUUAUGGUGGUCUAAAUCACAUUACGCGGAGAUUAAAUUAACUUUCAGGUUUGGAUUGUAUGUUGUGUAAUGAUGAUGAUUGUAAAUUGUGCUUGUAUCUGCUUUCUCAUUGGCUAAGAGCCUACAGUUAAUUUUGGUAAUUAGCCCAACCUUCAUAUUAGUUAAUUAUCCGCUAUCAGAUUAAGUGACUACUCUGUAGGUUGUGCCUGCAAUGCACAAUUUCCAAAAGCAAUGUCAAACUAUGUUCCAUGCGAUGCUGUGUCUGUCCAUUUUCUCUUCAAAACAAUGGAUGUACAACAGAACAAUAAAUUAUUAGGUUCAGUUUUUGUGAUAUCCAGAAUAAUCAAGGUUAAAGUAAGUGUUAUUCGCCAAGCCUAAGCUGAUAAUAACACUUACUUUGACCUUUAUUAUUGUAGAUAUCGCAAAACCCUCAUCCAAUAAUAACAAUCAUUGUUUAUAAUUAUAUUUACCUUUUUUAGUGUUCAUUUGUGACACUGGCAAGGAAUGCUUUGUCUGGAUUGGAAAGAAAGCUAGUAUUGAUGAAAGACACAAAGGCCUACAGUACGCUCAUGUAAGUAUUUUGGAUGUGGAACCUCUCUCUUAAUCCUUCCAAGAUGUUUCUUGAACUAAGAUAUAUUUCAUGUUCCUAAACUGGCCUUUUGCAUGGAUGAACACGUUAUGUACAAGUGAAUUGAAAUCCCUGUUAUGCUCUUUUACUCUGUGCACUGAAAAGGGAGAAAAUGUUCUGAACUUGCUGUAUAAUCCUCUUGGGACCCACCAGGCUCAGCCUCUAGUUUACACAUAAGUUUCCAAGUUAAUCAAUUAUUGUGCAUGAACUGAACUAAAUUGUAGAAACAUGCAUAAAGAGAUGUUACUGACAGAUGAAACAGAUAGAAGGCUUCGUGAAGGGUAACAUGUGAUCAGGCGUGUGUUUGGGGGGGCGGGGGGUAAAAGCGAUGGGCAAAGGGAAGAAGGACUGCCAUACUUAGCCUAUGCAAUGACGUUUUCACAAAUCCGUUUAUUUUUAGCAGUAUUUUGCGGUAUUUUUCCCACGAAAAUCAAAGCAUCAUUCAUUGUAUUACACAUCCAUAGAAUGAUAAUGACAAAAAGAAAAAGUAAAUGCCUGCAAAACAUCAAAAAUACUAUUUUCUGGUCUCCAGUUUUGGCUGAAUGAUUUGUAAGACUUAUUUAAUAGUCAUAAGGCGCAGGAAAAUUGAUCUAAAAAUAGAUUGGUCUGUGAAUACGCCGCUUCACAGGCACAAGGGAGUGCAGUCUUCGAGUUAUGGGCUCCUGGUUAAGGGGUUUCAUGAUACACGACUGUAAUAACUUUUUAAAUUAACACCUAAUAAGACAUUAUUAACCUAAAUUCGAAACUAUAUAGCCCAACUCUAACCUGGAAAUUUUUUCACUUAGAACUAUCUGAUGAACACUAAACAUCCAUUUGUGCCAGUGACUGUUGUGUCAGAGGGACAAAAGUGCGAGAAAUUUGAUAAUGCAUUUUAA